AUGCUUUCCAUGUGCUUUCUACUGCAUUUGUUGCUCACAGACGUGCUCUGCAUAAGCAAUUCAUUUGGGGAAGAUCAGUCCAUUCUUUGGACAUUAAGCUAUGAAGGAUGUGAUCUACUGUGGCUUCUGGCCUGCUAUUUUUCGGACAGCGCCAUGUGCUGCAGGGCGCGCUGUGCAUGUUGCAAGAACUUCAAGAAACGGGAAUGGGAUUGCCAGUUGUGGGUGGAAGCGACAGCAGCUGGGCAGACGCACAGGACAGCCCCUGAGGACUGCAGCAUCCCCCAGCUUUUUAGUCUUUUGCAGCAUGAAGUCUGCAUGGUUUAUGUGACCUAA